AUGGUGGUGGGUGAUUUCAUCCCUUGGUUAAUCGUACCGGAAACGGCACCAACACGUCACCAACUGAUCAGUGGCAUCGGUAUCCCGGUGGGAACGCCGGAAUCCAUCACAAGCGGUUGGGUAAUGAAGGCGCAAUACUUCCUGCCGACCAAAGUGGACGACCUGAAACCAGAACUGUGGGAAAACUGGAACGACAGCAGGCGCGCUCUGUCCAAGCGUGACCUAUCGGGGAUCCUACCGGGAGCCAUUCCGGUGACUCAGCUUCCGCCUCAGGUACGCGGAUACGAACGGUACGAGGUGGACAAUAUUGCGAUCAAACAGGAAUCGCUCGAUAACGGCAACGAUGGUAGCGAAGAGUUUGAUGACGGUGACGAUAGUUACUGGACGGACGAGGAGGAUGAGCAGGUACUGGGUCAACCAGAACACGAUGGUGUGCUGUGGCCUGCACCAAAGGAGAUCGACCCGGUCCAGUUGGACGGAUACAGCGCCAAGGAGUCCCGCUGGACCAUGUACAAGGGGUUGGAGAAGCUGAGCGAAAACUAUGGCCUCCCGGGGCGGCCCUGUGUGCUGCGGAGUGUUUGCGAGGCCGCGGAGGCACAGUUUACGCACACGGGUGGCAUAUUUGCCGAGCUGCUGCAUAUCGCCUUUACACCGUCGAGCACCACCGAACCGUUGUCGGAGCAUCGGGACAAUGAGUACUUCCGGGCGGAGCAACUCGGCCGAACCGGGGCCCCUUGUGAGCGAAUCUUUCCCGAGUGUGCCCACUCGCUGUUGGACAUUUUCACCGGCGUUCACGACCCUGAGACUAACAAGAUGAGGCUGCUGCACGAUGAGGUGAAAGCUUUUCUCAUGCGGAAAUGA